AUGUACGCACUCGUUCUUCUCGCUUUGGCCGCCAGCGCAAAUGCUGUCGGGCGCGCAAUCGUCACAAAUCAAUGCGACGACCCCCUCUACCUAUGGUCCGUCGGCGGUGACGUAGGACCUCAAGUGACGCUUCAAAAAGACCAAUCCUACAGCGAGGUUUACCACUACGACCCCGUCUCCCAAGGGAUCUGGAUCAAGAUCACAUCGGUGGAGAACGGCCUUUUCAAAGCGAACGUCAGCCAGACUCAUUUCUCGUACACUCUCGAUGAACCCGCUGUAUGGUACGAUCUAGCCAAUGUCUUUGGCGAUGGGUUUGCGGGGAAAACGCUAGUCGUCAAACCGACUGACGGGGCGUGCGAGAGCAUUGCUUGGGGAGCGGGAAAGCCGUCGGGUGGGAGCGAGAUCAGGACGUGUCAGGCAGAUACUGAUCUCGAGCUGUCGUUCUGUACUGGGCAUUGCUUGCCGUCGUGGUAUCCAUGCGGGAAUAAUGCCCCGGGCGAUUCGAGAGCUUGCUGCACCCAUUGUAUUGGGAGUCACCACUGCGUUGCGGCGCCAUGA